GCGGCCCAGCGGGCAGCUUUGUCCGGGAGGGCGGAACGAUGAGGCGAGAGAAGAGUCUGGCGCUGUUGAUCACGUUGGCGGCUGCGCUGGCGGCCGCAGAGACGCUGCCCGACCAAUGCCAUUUGUCCAAGGUGGUGGGCCCUUGUCGGGCAUCCUUCCAUCGGUGGUGGUACAAUGCCACAAGCCAGACAUGCCAGGAAUUCAUUUUUGGGGGUUGCAAAGGCAAUCUCAACAACUUCGUCUCCGAACAGGACUGCUUCCAGACAUGUGCCAAAGUGGCUACAUCAAAAGGCGGACGUCACCCAGAGGCCUAUGAAAACAGGCCUGGCUUCAGAGAAUUCUGUGCUGCGCCCCGGGUGGUGGGUCCCUGCCGGGCCUCCUUCCACCGCUGGUACUUCGACCUAGAGAGCCGGACGUGCAAGACGUUCGUCUAUGGGGGCUGCCGUGGCAACAAGAACAACUAUCUCUUUGAGGAGCACUGCUGGAGCCAGUGCAGAGGUGAUGGAGAGAUAACAGAAGAGCCAGGAGACGCAGGUGCACAUCCUCGCCUCCUGCCCGAACCCUUCAGCUUUUCCACCAGAGCUGUGGUCCUUGCAGUCCUUCUGGCCAUCCUGGUGACCAUCCUGCUGGGCUCGAUGGUGGUUUUCUUUGUCAAGAUCUGCCGGAAGAACCCGGAGCUGUCGGUGGGAACGGUGUGGAGCACACUGGAUGACAAAGAGUACCUGAUGAGUAACGCCUACAGCCUCUGAGUGAGAGAGCUGCCUCAGUGAGAACCGUAGCAGCAUGUAAAUACUGCAGCUGGCGGCUUUGCCUUGCCGGCCUUCGUAGGGCAACACCCCUUUCCCUGGGAACGCCACCCUUUGCAGCCGAUAUGCAUCCUCCUGCUCCACAGGGGUCCAGGAGGAGCUGCAGGCAGUAUCCCCCACCUUCAGAGCUAGCGAUGACUCCUCCUCGCUUGACCCACAGCCCCCCCCCCCGCCUUCCUCUGGUGAAUGGUCUCUACAAAGCCCUGCCCCACUUGGGUCCUCUCCAUGCCAUGGGAAAGCAGCUGGGAAUCCCCAGCCAGAACCACCGGUGAUUCCUUUGGCCGAGAGUCCAGCAGAGGCAGUUCUGGUGGGCGGGCCUGGGCCCUGCACACGUUGAUUCUGUUGGGGAAACAAGGGGUGGCGGGGCUG